AAUCGGCUGCUCUGAUUGGCUGUUGUGAUUACGUCAACAAUUUGACGACAUUUUUUGUAAUCUGAGCCUGUCGGGCAAAUAGUGGAUUCUCUGGUACUCUUGUCUGUGAAGCCUAACGGAAUACUUUCCUUCUGGUCUGGGUGUUCAAGGAGGGCAAAGCAACCGUUGCUUGAUAGGAGUUUUCCGCACCAGGCUCCGUGUUACAUUGUAGCUGAGGAUAUUAAUUUCGGUUUACGCGCAAAACCAAGAAAAUGACACAUUUUAAUAAAGGACCAGCCUACGGAUUGUCUGCUGAAGUGAGAAGCAAAAUUGCUCAGAAAUAUGACCCACAAAAGGAGGAGGAGCUCCGCUUCUGGAUCGAGGAGGUAACAGGAAUGUCUAUUGGCGAGAACUUCCAGAAAGGCUUGAAGGAUGGAGUCAUCCUCUGCGAGCUAAUUAAUAAGCUGCAACCUGGUUCAGUAAAGAAAAUCAACCUUACACAGCUGAACUGGCACAAGCUGGAAAACCUUGGGAAUUUCAUCAAAGCUAUCCUGGCCUAUGGCCUAAAGCCCAAUGACAUCUUUGAGGCCAAUGACCUGUUUGAAAAUGGGAAUGUGACUCAAGUCCAGACCACACUGCUUGCACUGGCCAGCAUGGCAAAGACCAAAGGUAUGGACACAAAGAUUGAUAUUGGGGUGAAAUAUGCAGACAAACAAGCUCGACAUUUUGAGGAUGAGAAGAUCAAGGCCGGUCAGUGUGUCAUUGGACUGCAGAUGGGGACAAACAAGUGUGCGAGUCAGGCUGGAAUGACUGCUUAUGGAACCCGAAGACAUCUGUAUGAUCCAAAGACUCAGACUGACAAACCCUACGACCAGACCACCAUCAGCCUGCAAAUGGGAACCAACAAAGGAGCAAGCCAAGCGGGCAUGUCAGCCCCUGGUACCCGCAGGGACAUCUUUGACCAGAAGGUGGCGCUGCAGCCACUGGACAACUCCACCAUCUCCCUCCAGAUGGGCACCAACAAGGUGGCGUCUCAGAGGGGUAUGAGUGUGUACGGCCUGGGACGACAGGUCUACGACCCCAAGUACUGUGCCCCCUCAACAGAGCCGGUCAUCCACACUAACGGCAGCCAGGGCACCGGCACCAAUGGCUCAGAGAUCAGCGACAGUGACUAUCAGGCAGAGUUCCAAGAGGAUGAGUACCAUGGAGGUUACCAUGACAAUUACAGCUCCCAUUACAAUGAUCAGGGCAUUGACUAUUAGUGGAGACCUCCACCUCCAGAGCAGUAUUAAUCUAUAUUUUAUCAACUUCACAACAGAGCAAGUCUUGCUAUUCUCACUAGUCUUUUUUUUCCCUCUUGAAGCAUAAAAUGAAAUGUUGCCUUGAGUGCUUUCCUUUUUCACCUAGACUUUUUGAUGUGAGCAGCAAAGGUUGUAAGAAGUUGCAGUAGCAUAGAAUAAUGAGAUACAGUGAUGAAAAUGUUUUUAAGGGUUCUUUUUAAUACCAACUUUUUAAAAGAUGUCUUAAUGAUGGAACACUGAAGUAGUGAUAAUUUGGUGGACCGAUGGUGAAGCAGCUGCAUUCCAGCUUUUGUAUUCCUGAACUGAAACUGUGCUGAAUGAUCCAUGUGAAAUUGGAAUUGUGGAAUUCCCAUGUGAAGUCCUCAACAAUAGGCUGAUUUAUGUGCCUAUCUCCCCUCUGUGUUCUGUCUGUAUUCAUACACCCAGCCACAGUUUAUGAUACUGGUAUUCCUUACAUUCUUUAAUACAUUUAAUCACUAGAUAGUUUUUUUUUUCUUCUUAUAAUUAUGAUCAUGAUGGCUAUUCAGAUGUGCAGAUGACCAUUCCCAAGCUGACUCUUAUUUUACAGCUAGGCUUCCUCGUUCCAUUAUAUGACAUAUAUUUUCAUAUUGUUCCCCUUGUAUUCCCAAACUGUAUUUAUUGCAUUGGCUCUCAUUGUAAAACUGUCCACUGUUAUAUGGUUCGUAAAGAAAAUGGUAUGUUAUAAAUAAAGCCUUAAAAUUCUUCAA